AGAAAUAGUCGGGAUCGGGAUUUUGAUAAUAGGUGGCGCUUAGAAAGCUGCCAUAUUACGCAUGAUUUUGCCGAAAAAGACAACUUUGCACCGGGAUAAUAUCAACAAAUAGCAAAUUCAUUAGGACAGUCGUCCUUUAGGCAUAUUUGGUGCAGUAGAAUCAAAAACGACAAAAAUGGCAAGCGUCUCGUAUCACAUUGCAAACCUGUUGGAGAAGAUGACCUCCAAUGACAAAGAUUUUCGCUUCAUGGCAACUAAUGACCUGAUGACAGAGCUGCAGAAGGACUCCAUUAAGCUAGACGAUGACAGUGAGAGGAAGGUGGUGAGAAUGUUGUUGAAGCUCUUGGAGGACAAGAAUGGAGAAGUUCAGAACCUUGCUGUCAAAUGUCUGGGUCCAUUGGUGAACAAAGUAAAGGAGUUCCAGGUAGAGACAAUUGUUGACACGCUGUGUAGUAACAUGAUAUCGGACAAAGAACAGCUGAGAGACAUUUCCAGCAUUGGUCUGAAGACCGUGAUCAGCGAGUUACCCCCCUCCUCCACUGCUCUAGCAGCCAGUAUCUGUAAAAAAAUCACAGGACGAUUAACCAGUGCUAUAUCAAAGCAAGAGGACGUGUCUGUCCAGCUGGAGGCAUUAGAUAUUCUGGGGGACCUUCUCAGCAGAUUUGGAGGACUGUUGAUUAGUUUCCAUCCCAGCAUCAUGCAAUCCCUGCUGCCUCAGCUCUCCAGUCCAAGGCUGGCUGUAAGGAAGCGCGCCAUCAUUGCUAUCGGUUACUUGGUAAUGAGCUGUAAUUAUACCCUAUUUAAUGAGUUGAUUGAGUUUCUCUUGACUGAACUGAUCAAAAACACCUCCACAUCAACAACCAGGACCUACAUACAGUGUGUUGGGGCAAUUAGUCGACAGGCAGGACACCGCUUUGGUGAGCACCUGGAAAAGAUGGUCCCUCCCAUCGUGAGGUUCUGUAAGGAAGAGGAUGACGAAUUGAGGGAGUACUGUCUGCAGGCAUUUGAGUCGUUCAUUCGGAGAUGUCCCAAGGAAAUCUCACCAUUCGUUCAAGAGAUAAUCAAGAUCUGUUUGAUGUACAUCUGCCAUGACCCGAACUAUAACUAUGAUGACGAUGAUGAUGAUGCCAUGGAAACAGAAGGAGACGAUGAGGAUGAGGAAGAGGAAGAUGAGGAAUACAGUGAUGAUGAUGACAUGAGUUGGAAGGUCAGACGAGCUGCAGCAAAAUGUUUGGAUGCGGUGAUUGGGACUCGUCACGAAAUGUUAAUGGAAUUCUACAGAAAUGUAUCGCCAGCACUCAUUGCUAGGUUUAAAGAGAGAGAGGAAAAUGUGAAGGCAGACAUAUUUCAUGCAUUUGUGACCCUACUAAGACAGACACGGCCCACAAUCACAUCUGACACGGAUGCCAUGGAACAGGAUGGAGGACCAGUGUCCAUGCUACAGACCCAAAUACCGGACAUUGUGAAAGCAAUUCACAAACAGCUGAGAGAAAAGAGUGUGAAGACACGACAGGGGUGCUUCAGUCUCCUCACGGAGCUUGUACUGGUUCUCCCGGGGGCACUAGCCAAACACUUCGACCAGCUGGUGCCGGGUAUUAUAUAUUCACUGGGAGACAAGAAUUCUAGUUCUAACAUGAAGAUAGACACUCUGUCGUUCCUCAACUGUAUUCUAAUUCAUCACCAGCCCACUGUAUUUCUUCCUCACAUCAAAAUUCUUGUGCCGCCCAUUGUUCAUUCUGUUUCGGAUCCCUUCUACAAAAUCACAUCAGAAGCUCUUCUAGUGACGCAACAGCUAGUCAAGGUCAUCAGACCGCUGGAGGACCCAGUCCAGUUUAACCACAAACCAUUUGUCCCUGAGCUGUACCAGUGUACAUUGAAACGUCUGAAGGCAGCAGACAUUGACCAGGAGGUCAAGGAAAGGGCAAUCUCAUGCAUGGGACAGAUAAUUCGCAACAUGGGUGAUGGUCUAUCUACGGAACUUAGGGAAUGCCUGCCAAUUUUCCUGGAGCGGUUAAAGAACGAAAUAACGAGACUGACAGCUGUCAAAGCCCUCACAAUGAUAGCGGGCUCGCCUCUAAGGAUAGAUUUAAAACCAAUUUUGGAUGAGGGAAUCCCUGUGCUAGCGUCAUUUCUGAGGAAGAACCAGAGGGCACUGAAACUCAGCACACUGACGUGUCUGGAUGUACUAGUCAAGUGUUACGGUUCCUCGUUAUCUUCCACCAUGAUUUAUGAAGUCAUGAAUGAAAUGCCACCGCUGAUCAAUGAGAAUGAUCUACAUGUCUCUCAGUUGACUUUGAACUUGUUGACCUCAAUAUCCAAGACCCACAAGUCGUGUAUGGCAAGCCUGCCAAAUGAGAUUCUUCCCCAGAUUCUUCAGUUGAUCCAGUCCCCCCUACUACAGGGAGGGGCCCUCACAGCGCUGCUGGAACUGUUCCAAGCUCUCGUCAUUACGGGACUACCCAAACACGGCUUCAGAGAUUUCCUACAGCUGCUAAUUACACCUGUAUACAGUCCAACCACCACCACAAACAUGGGGUUCGCUGUCCACAAACAGGCUUUUCACUCGAUUGCUAAAUGUGUUGCUGCCCUGACAAUGAAGUGCCCAGGUGAAGUCAAUAAUGUAGUCACACAGUUCGUCAAGGACGUAAAAAAUCCAAAAUCCACAGACUCAAUCCGAUUCUUUGCGCUGCUGGCACUCGGUGAAAUUGGAAAGCACAUAGACCUGAGUGGACAUAGUGAAAUCCAGGCUGUCGUACUAGAUUCCUUUUCCUCACACAAUGAAGAGGUGAAAGCUGCGGCUUCUUAUGCUCUAGGAAAUGUCAGUGUUGGAAACCUACCAAAGUUUUUACCCUUUGUUUUGAAAGAAAUCGAAAAUCAACCAAAAAGACAAUAUCUUCUUCUGCAUUCUUUGAAAGAGAUUAUUAGCUGCGAGUCCACGUCUACAGCUGGUGUGGACAAUCUCAAGCCGUAUGUUUCUUCUGUGUGGUCUAUGUUGUUUAAUCACUGCGAGUGUCCAGAGGAAGGAACACGGAAUGUAGUGUCGGAAUGUUUAGGAAAACUGACUCUUAUAGAUCCUGGUAAUCUUCUCGGUAAUCUAAAGAAUCAUCUGAAUUCUCAAUCAGCUCUCACCAGGAGUACAGUCGUCACAGCAAUCAAGUUCACCAUAUCAGAUCAGCCACAAGGGAUUGACAAUUUACUUCGUAACUGUAUAGGAGAUUUUCUGAAGACUUUACAAGACCCCGACUUAAAUGUAAGGCGUGUAGCGCUAGUGACGUUUAAUUCUGCGGCCCACAACAAGCCUUCACUUAUCCGAGAUCUGUUGGACAAAGUGCUCCCUCAUCUCUACAAUGAAACCAAAGUUCGGAAAGAGUUGAUCCGCGAAGUAGAAAUGGGUCCAUUUAAACAUACACUAGAUGAUGGUCUAGAUAUUAGAAAGGCUGCCUUUGAGUGUAUGUACACCUUGCUGGAUUCCUGUCUAGACCGACUGGACAUUUUCGAGUUUCUGAAUCACGUUGAGGAUGGAUUGAAGGAUCACUAUGACAUUAAGAUGUUGACCUACUUAAUGCUGGUCCGACUUGCUCAUCUCUGUCCUAGCGCUGUGUUACAGAGAUUGGACAGGCUGGUGGAGCCACUGAGAGCCACCUGCACCACCAAGGUCAAAGCCCACUCUGUCAAACAAGAAUUUGAGAAACAGGAUGAGUUGAAAAGAUCGGCCAUGAGAGCUGUAGCCUCGUUACUGGGUAUCCCUGAUGCAGACAAGAGUCCACAAAUGAAUGAAUUCUUAUCUCAGAUCAAGCAGAGUACUGAACUGGGUGCCAUGUUUGAGAGUAUUCAGAAGGAUGCUCAGACCUCCACUACUGACAUCAUGAUGAUGGACACCAGCUGAGUCACACAAACUCUUUAUAGGCAGUCUGUGUCUUUGUGAUGUUUGUGCAAAAGAAAGUGCCAUGUGGAAGUGCUGUUUGUCGUUUUCUUAUUUAAAGAUUGAUAUUUUAUGAAUAGCAAACCAUGGUACAAAAACUUAUUUCUUAAUAAAGUGAAUAGUAUUGUUAAUUUUUGUAAGUUAGUGCUUAAUUGAUGACAGCUCCUGAAUUUGUUUGGAGAGAGAUUUUAGAUACGGUGUACAAAUGUUUCCUUAGGAAUAUGACUGUAUGUGUACAUUUAAAAGGACUUUGUCCCAGCUUUACAAAAUAUAUUAUUUCUAUCAGAUUUCUAUUUCGCAUAAUAAAAAUAUGAUUACUUUAUCGUUUGAAAUGUUUCUGUAGGAAAAAUAAGUGUGUGCAUAAAGAACAAAUAAAGUAUGGAGAUUGCCAUGGUGACUAAAUGUAUUUAUUGCAGAAAUAUAAUUUUUUGUAUGUUAUUUGUAUUCAUUUUGAGAAUACAAUUAUCUGUUCAGCAAAUUCUGCUAAAAUAUAUUUCCUACUCUAAGAAAUACUUAGUUGUUUACUGAUGGAAAGUGAGUGUAGUGAUGUUAUUAUUCUAUGAUACAAAACAAUGUGGCUCUUGUACCUUCUCAAUGAAGCAAACUAAUAAACAUUAGGAAUAUAU